GUCUGUCAGUAAUACAUUUUGGCGCCAAAAGCCGUAGUUCAGCGCGAGUCUGUGUUUAUUUUAUUUUCAUUGAACAUUGAACAAAAUGAGCUUCUCGCGAAGUGCCCUACGCUAUGCGCACACCAAUGGAUACACUGGGCUCCUGUACACGCCGAAGGGCGAGUUUAUCAUUACGUGCGGCACCGAUGGUGAUAUUCGCCACUGGACGUGCUUCAGCGACUAUGACCCGCGCUCCACCUGCCUGGGGGAGUUUGUCAUGUGCAUCGCUCACUCGGGCAGCCGCCCCCAGGCCUCCACCGACCGCAACUCCAUCCAUGCCUACACGUUUCCCGAAAUGGACAGCGAUGGAAUCCUGAUGCGGUUCACCGCCCCAGCAACGUGUCUUAAAGUGUAUGGCGAGUACACGGCAGCAGGCAGCGAGGAUGCAACAAUUAAGGUGCUACGCGGCGAGAAUGCGGUCAAUGUAAUUGUCCUAGAGGGUCAUACAGGACCUAUACUCGCUCUGGACAUGUUUAUUGAGAGGAAAUUACUGGCCUCGGUCAGCGGCGACAGUCAACUGAAGGUGUGGAACUUUGAGACGGCAACAGAGCUGAAGAACAUUACUGGACUUCCGAGUUUCGAGAGUGCGACUCAAUACGGCACGCCCACCUUUGAACCCCAGAGCGGGGAACUUUUGGCCUAUGCAGCGUUACUAGAGCAGUUGAAGCGCGACGUCAUGAACUAUGCGGAUCCCAUUGAUGACGAGCUCUCCCGGGCCAGCAGCAGCAGAGUGGAGCCUACGCCAGCUGCACCUCAAAUCAAACUUUUCAAGCAGCAGUCUGCCUUCCAGCCCAGCUCCACGCCUUGCGAUCUCGAGCACCGAUACAUGGCUUGGAACGAUGUCGGCAUAGUCACAGGCCACGUGGAGCCGUCUGGCGAGAGUUCCAUAGAUGUGGAAUUCCAUGAUGCGAGCAUUCACCAUUCGCUGCACAUAAGCAAUUAUAACCAGCACAAUCUGCCCAGCCUGAGCAGCGGGGUCCUGGCUUUGGCCUCCAACGAGUCCAGCAAGCUGGUGGUGAUUGCUUCGGCCGCCGCGGGAAACAAAGAGUGGUCUCUCAGCUUCCCGGACUGCGAGUCCGUGGAUGCGCUGGUGGCUACCAGCCACCUGGUCGCAGUUGCCACCAGUUCCAGUUUCCUUCGCAUCUUCAGCGUUAUGGGUACCCAGCGCGAGGUGUUGAGCAUACCAGGCACCGUGGUGGCUUUAGCCGGACACGAGCACAGCCUGAUGUUGGUCUACCAAAGCUCUGCUCCUAGCCAGACCCAGCAGCAUCUUUCGGCCAUGCUAGUGACUAUCAAUGGACUUAGCCUUCGCCUCGAACAUCUGCCUGUGCCACUCACUCCUGGCAGACAGAUAGACUGGCUCGGAUUCAGUGAAACCGGGUCGCCUAUCAUGGCAGACCACAUAAGUCUGCUGCAGCUGUACAGGAAGAGCAGCAAUGUCUGGUUCCGCAUUUGUGACACCAUGAAGCAGAGCUCCAGCGUAUCGAACAAUUACUUUGUGGUUGCCGUCUCCGAGCGUCGGCAAAUCGUACAGGCAGUCCUCUGCCGCGACACAUCCUAUCCGAUGACCAAUCCCCGCCCCAUGCUGCAGGAACUGCGCAUGCAAAUCCCACUAUGCGAUAUCGAAGUGGAAAAGUCGGAACUGGAGGAUGCCCUGCUGCGAUCCAGUCUGAUGCAGGCGGAGGGCGCCGAGAAGAUGCAGAAGGAGACCGCCAUCAAGCUUUUUGCGCUGGCCUGCAGCAGCGAAUGCGAGACACGGGCCCGCGAGCUAAUCGAGUCGAUUGCCUGCACUGAGCUCCUACAGCUGGCUGUCAAAUAUGCCACCAAGCGGGGACGGAUUCAUCUCUCUGAUCGCCUGUGGGAAUUAUUGCCCCAGUUGGAGGCUAUCCAGGAGGCGCGCAAGCAGCAGACGCUGCUAGGCGCGAGCGGGAUAGCAGCCACCAUUGUCCUACCCAUGACACCCACGGCGGGAUCUCAGGGUCAGGGACCUAAGCCCAAGCCCAUGGAGUUGAGCUCCUCGAAGCGCGGGGCCCUGAAACGUUUCACUAAUUCGCCAAAUAUGUUCAAGGCAGCUACUCGACCCUCAACACCCGAGUCAACCAGCCCGCUGGAUACACAGGAGAACAUUUUCGCUGACGCCGAGUCUGAGGUAGCGACUGGUAAAUCCACGGAACAGCGUACUCCUCUAAACUCUGUCAAUCCCUUUGCCAUGAAACGCAAGCUGGUCGACACAAGGGUUAUAUUUGGGUCCGAGAAGCUAAAGCUCGCUAAAAAAUAAACAUAUAAUUAGGCCUUUCAUUUAAGUACCUAUAA